AUGGCCAUGGAGAUUAUUGGCAAUGGCAACAGUCAUCGGUUCCCCUUGGAGGCAAUUGUAGCCAUAGUCAAAAGCACGAAACACAAUGAUCCUCAGGAGUAUUUCAUAGGGUCUCAUGACUCAUUUAGCUUCUACAUCGAUGAAGCCUCUCCAGUUGGGCCUGAACAGCCAGAGACGGUCCAGAAUUUUGUGUCUGUUUUUGGGACUGUGGCUAAAAAGCUGAUGAGGAAGUGGUUGGCUACACAGACCAUGAACUUCACCAGCCAGCUGGGGGCAGGUAUACGGUAUUUUGAUCUUAGAAUUUCCACCAAGCCCAGAGACCCAGACAAUGAACUCUACUUUGCUCAUGGUUUAUUCAGUGCCAAAGUCAAGGAGGGUCUGGAAGAGAUCAAUGCGUUUCUCUCUGACCACCCAAAAGAAGUGGUUUUCUUGGACUUCAAUCACUUCUAUGGGAUGCAGAAAUACCAUCAUGAAAAGCUUGUCCAAAUGCUCAAAGACACGUAUGGAAACAAAAUGUGUCCUGCUAUAUUUGCCCAUGAAGUCAGCCUCCAGUAUCUGUGGGAAAAGGAACACCAAGUGCUGGUGUUCUACCACAGUCCAGUGGCUCUUGAGGUACCAUUUCUUUGGCCAGGCCAGAUGAUGCCAGCUCCUUGGGCAAACACAACAGAUCCGGAAAAACUCAUUCAAUUCCUGCAGGCAUCAAUCACUGAAAGAAGAAAGAAGGGCUCUUUUUUUAUAUCUCAAGUAGUGCUGACACCAAAGGCGAGUACGGUGGUGAAAGGGGUUGCUAGUGGUCUCAGAGAAACAAUCACAGAAAGGUAA